AUGUAGGAUUCAAAUUCUUUAUUAAAAGCUAAGAGAGAUUAAUUAAGAGUAUAAAUUAGAAGGGAUUAAUUGGAAAAUGUAUUUAGAUCUAAAAGAGUGAUUGAUAACAAAGAUUAAUCUACUAAAUAUUAGACUAUUCAUUAAGAAUUAAUAUAAAAUAUUGAAAGAUAAUCAAAUAAACUUUUAUAAGAUAAAAACUUAAUGAAAGAACUUUUUGAAUCGAAUGAUAAAAUGGCUUUAGUAAUAUUAGCAAAUUCUUGUGCUUCUGAAUCAGAUUAAACUAUUUAUACUUUGAUAAAUGAUUAUUAAAUUCAUAUGUACUUUAUGCAAAAGCUAUAAUUGAAUAAUGAUGAAGAUAUAAGAUACAGAUGUUAUUUUGGUUUAGCCAAUAUAUUAUACACUAAUUCAAAAAUAGCCAGAUCUAUUAAGAAAUAAUUAUUUAAUUAAAAUAUACUUGCUGAAACAUAAAAGUCUUUAUAAAAUUUAAAAUAAGAUUAGAUUGAACAUAUAAAUGCUGUCUUUAGGUUAUUAUUUGGAUUAUUUGAUAAAAUAAAUGAUUGUAAUUGCAGUGAAUUAAUUAAGUAAUCAUAAAUAAUUGACAUUUGUAUAAAAGUAAUUGAUUUAAUGGAUACUAGAUUAAGUUUAGCAGCUUUAGUUUUAAUAAAGGCUAGUGAAUUAUGUGAAGGAUUAUUAGAAUUAUUUGAUGAUGAAAAAUUGAAAUAUUUAUUAUCAUGUACUGAAUUAUAGGAUGAUAAAUAAACUUGUUAAAUAUUAAGAUUAAUUGAUGAAUUAUUUUUAAGAUCUGAUGUUACACUCAUCAUUUCAUGUUUAGAUAAUCUAAAUUUAGAUUCAGUAAUUAAAUCAGCUCUAUCUUAAGAAGAUAGUUAUUCUUGUUAAGCUGCAUUAGAUUUAAUUUAUCAUAUGGCUAUUAAAAAUAAUGAAACUAUUCAAUCUUUUGCAUAUUUAUUAUAUGAUGAUGUUAUUAAAUUGCUUAGAACAACCAAAUCUAAACGAUCAAUUGAUAUUUGUUUGAAAAUACUAUCUGAAUUAAUUUAAUCAUAAAUUCUUAAAACUGAAAUAAAUACUUUAAAUGAAUUCAUUUUUGAAAUCUGUGAAGAGAGAUAUGCAUAUUUUGAUUAUUAAAAUUGCCAUUUAGCAUUAGAAGUUCUUAUGGAUUUAAAAGAACACUAUGGAAUAGAUAUUCCGAAUGAUUAUAAAAAGAAAUUAAAAUAAUGGAGAGGUAUCGAACAUGAGUAACUUGAAGAAUUGAUUUCUUUAAUUUUAGAUGCUGAAUGA